UUUUACGAUUUCCAGCGAUACCCACGUUACGGCUCUCGGAUUGCACAUAGUUUUCGUGGCCCUCAGCACGCAGAAUUCGGCAGGUCGCGUUAUCACCACAUAUUUUAAUGAAUUAAUGUCCGUCCGUCAGGUCUCCAGCUCAAAUCCAAUAACAACAAGCAACCGCUCCGGGUGAAUGGCAAAUAGCGCCGAUAUGAGUCCGACUAUCGAAGAAACAAUCGCAGUUCUCAGCUGGACAUUUUCCACUUGCUAGAAAUUAAAUUAGAAAAUUAAUCAAUUAAAAUGAACCGAGUGAGGACUACGCAGGCCAAGACAGGCGAGAUCAUCGCUUACAGCGAAGGUGCAAUUCGCAACAACAUAUCCGCCGUGGAGUACUGCCGCACCUCGAUGGCCGCCAUCUCCGGCUGUGCUGCGGGAAUCCUUGGACUAAGCGGAACCCUGGGCUUCCUGUUCUACUUUCUAUCGGUCUUUGUUCUGUGGAUUCUGGUACUCUUGAAGUCCGGUACCCAGUGGCGCAAGUUCUUCAUCAACCGCCGGAAUCUGCUGACCAACCAGUUCAUGGGUGGCCUUUGCACCUACGUGCUCUUCUGGACAUUCCUAUACGGCAUGGUUCACGUGUAUUAAGAGUAUUUGUUUCUUUACAUAAAUUUAACUACAAAACAUAGCGGAAUAAACAUAGGUUUGGACUAGGAAAUGAAA